ACAUAACUAAAAGAAAAGAUUAGAUUUUGGUCGAUUUUGUUUAUUUCUGUUCAUUUCUGAGUUAAGAUCAAAACAUGUUGGGAGUUUUCAGCAGCGCGAUCGUGUCGCCGCCGGACGAGCUGGUAGCCGCCGGCAGCCGAACUCCGUCGCCGAAAAUCACGGCGACGUCGCUGGUCAACCGCUUCGUCCAGACCAAUGGGGCCGCCGUCUCCGUACAAGUCGGCGACGACGCUCAGCUAGCCUACAGUCACAGCAACGAGUCUCCGUUGCAGCCGAGGUCAUUUGCAGUGAAGGAUGAGAUAUUCUGCUUGUUUGAGGGAGCACUUGACAACUUGGGAAGUUUGAGGCAGCAAUACGGACUUGCCAAGUCGGCAAAUGAAGUGAUUUUGGUGAUCGAGGCUUACAAGGCCCUUCGUGAUCGGGCUCCUUACCCGCCAAACCAUGUCGUUGGCCACCUCAGUGGAAAUUUUGCUUUCAUAGUAUUUGACAAGUCCACCUCAACUGUGUUCGUGGCGUCUGACCAAUAUGGCAAGAUUCCGCUCUCAUGGGGAAUUACUGCUGAUGGAUAUGUGGCCUUUGGUGAUGAUGCAGAACUGCUAAAGGGUGCUUGUGGCAAGUCACUUGCUUCUUUCCCUCAAGGAUGUUUCUACUCCACGUCUGUUGGAGGACUGAGAAGCUAUGAGAAUCCUAAAAACAAGAUCACAGCUGUGCCUGCUACUGAUGAAGAAAUCUGGGGUGCAACAUUUAAGGUGGAAGGGCCAGCAGUUCUUGCAGCCACAAAGUAGGAGUUUUGUCCUGAUAGGGCGCUGCGUGGUCGUCUUCAAAGUCUAAAUCUGUAUCCGUUUCCUCCUCGAAGAAGUGAAGUUUUUAUGUGGCGUUGGAUGCAAGGCAUACAUGAGGAGCCAGUAAAUACCUAGAAGAAGUGAGUGAGUGUUGAUAAGAGUGUUUUCUCGUGUAGUUUCUGCUCGUCGUAUUUUAAGCUUCUGCCAACGUACAGCUAUGCUUUUGUUUAUUUAAAAAUAAUGUUGUAUUAAGGAGCGGUUUGGAGUUAAUUAAGAAGUUUACUUAGUAAUAAUAUCGCAAUUGCUUCCUCUCCA